AUGUGGCUUGAAUUUCAGUUCAGAGUAGACCCUCCCAGCUCCUCAGUCAUGCUGCGCCCCGCGGUCCUCAGCCUCCUCCUGGCAUGUGCCGUGUCUCUCACCAGCGCUGCUGUCAUCCUAGAGAAUGGCAUGCCCAUCCUGUGGGCUCAGACAGCCGGCCAAGUGACUGACCUGCCGAUACAGAACGGCAUUCUGACCCCCGACCCCUGGCACUUCCUUCACCGCAUGAGUCUUCACCGGCUGAUGAUAGCUGCCACAGACCCGUUUAUGGGAUCCAUGGGGACGAACGCCACUGACAGUCCAAUGUGGGGACUGCCACUGCAGUCGGCAUGGAUGCUAACUUCAGGGCGUCUCGCUGACCCAACUGCUGCUACAACCUGCGGCCUGCAAACAGGAGAUACUAUGUGUAUUUCUACUCAGAGCUGGUGGGGCUGUGUGAACUACUUUGCCUCUGCACUACCUUUCCUGUCCGCUGCACUGCAGGGCUUCAUGGGAGCAGGAGCUCAGGUCCAGAUGCAGGUCCCUGAAGGUGUACUGGGCUAUUGCACAACAUAUGCUGAGUGUGCAACUAGCUACCCUGACGCCAUGACUAAGUGGAAUGCCUUCUUCCAGGGACUCAAGGCUGCGUCUGAGUCUCUUCUCCCUGAAAAUGAGAAGAAAGACGCUCUCCUCGGUCUCUUCUGGGCGGCCCAAAUGGCUUCAAGUUAUGCCUCUGCUGCAUGCAAUUCCAGGCAGAGCCACUACUCCUCCGUAGAGGUGACAUUUUCUCAGAGCUGGCAGAACUCGGCCGAGUACGUUGCUGCGGCACAUUUCCAAUCCAAUAUGGACAAAUCUGCACUGUUCAUAAUCCCUCUCCCAAGUCGUGUUUUACAGGUGGGCGACAGUGCACCUAACAUAGCCGAUCUGAGUGAGGCGGAGAACCACACACUAUACAUCUUCUCCUGGAUGAGCAGCAUCAACAGUUUACUGGGUGGGUCUCUGGUGAAUAUGUGGAGAAGUGCCAUGUGUUCAGUGACCACAAGAGAGAAAGGCAGAGAGAUGCUGGAGCAGCUCCUCCUGAAUCCCAGAUUCGCAACAAGCUCUUUCCUGGCCAUCAUCUCUGAAAUGACUACGGGAUGCUAAAACAAACACACCCUAACCAGCAGAGAUGUAGCAACUCCAAUUAAAUCAGUUUAGUCACUUUCUUUGAAAAACAUGAAAUAAUCUGAUUUGAAUUUUUUAACAUAGUACAGGAUUACUUUUGAAUUUUAUGGGAGGGAGGUUUCACUAAUGGAAGUUAUUUGUUUCACUAAUUGAAGAUAUUUGCAAUACAAAAAGACAGAACAUUUUUUGUGAGUAAAGUAAGCUACGUCAUUAUUUGGAAGGUAUAGAUGAUCAACAGGCAGUUCUAUAUUACAGUUUAAAGCAGUCUUCUGUCUGUCUUUUCUCUUGUGGAUGCAUAUUCCCCAAUAAAGCAACAGUAUUACUGUGA